GUCGCCACACCGAGGACCAGCUAGCUAACGAUAACCUGAGCGGAGAGGCACAGCUUUGUUGUUGUUCUAGUGAUGUGCUUGUCCCAUCUGGCAUAGUGGGAAACUCUAGCUGAACCCCCCUCCCUUCCUUAUCCUGUCGCCGUUCCCCCGAAGACCUCCACCGACACCACCUCCUUCCUUGUUCCUACACCUCCUCUUCCUCCCUCCGGCCGCCCCUGUGAUGCCUCCCUCGUGCUGUGGCUACCUGUCACAGUACACCCAUCAUCAUCUGGUUACCUUCCUCCUCACCUUCUUUAGCUAUGUGUUGCUGCAUGCGUCACGGAAGACGUUCAGCAAUGUGAAAGUGAGCAUCUCAGCCCAGUGGACGCCAUCCAUCCAGAAUGACAGUGCAGCCACUUUCUCCCCUGGCGAGACGUGGGAGGACAAUCGUCUGUUUACAGAUGAAAAGCAGGCCACUCUGUUCCUUGGAGCUCUGGACUCCAUCUUUCUCUUUUCAUAUGCCGUGGGCCUGUAUUUGAGUGGUGUGAUUGGGGACAGAGUAAACUUGCGCUACGUGCUCUGCUUCGGCCUGUGUGGCUCUGCUGCAGUGGAGUUUUUGUUUGGCACUCUAACAGAAUGGCUCCACAUCUACAACAUCUAUCUGUACUGUGGCCUGUGGGUGCUGAACGGGCUGCUGCAGUCGGCCGUGUGGCCGUGCGUGGUGGCCGUCAUGGGCAACUGGUUCGGCAAAACGGGGCGGGGCUUUGUGUUUGGCCUGUGGAGUGCUUGUGCCUCUGUAGGCAACAUCCUGGGGGCCUUCUUAGCGUCUAGUGUGCUCAAGUAUGGAUACGAGUAUGCCUUCCUGGUGACCUCGGUGGUGCAGUUUGCUGGCGGGGUGGUGGUGUUCUUCGGCCUGCUCACGUCUCCAAAAGAAGUCGGUUUGAGUUUGGAGUCCGAGACUAGACUCAGCCCGGUGGAGACGGACACAGACAGCCACAGGCCUCUGAUGAGUGACGAGGAGGAUGAGGUGAAGGCGGAGGUGUAUAGCAGACGAUACCAGACAGUUCAGCAGCCGGAUGAACCCCUGGCCGAGUCACCUCAAGCUAUCAGCUUCUGCCAGGCCUUUUGUCUGCCCGGAGUGCUACCUUACUCCCUGGCUUACGCAUGUCUGAAGCUGGUCAACUACUCCUUCUUCUUCUGGCUUCCUUUCUACCUGAGCAACAACUACGGCUGGAAGGAGGCCGAGGCCGACCGCCUGUCGGUGUGGUAUGACGUUGGAGGAAUCAUCGGAGGAACAGUUCAGGGUCUGAUCUCUGACUUCAUGGGUAAGAGAGCCCCGGUGUUGGCAUUCAGUCUGGCAAUGGCGAUGGGAGCCCUGGUGGGAUACAGCCGCUCGCCUAAUGACCAGGUGAUAAACGCUGUGCUGCUGGCAGUCACCGGCUUCUUCAUUGGUGGCCCGUCCAAUAUGAUCAGCUCCGCCAUAUCUGCCGACCUGGGGAGACAGGAGGCUCUGAGAGGCAGUCAGGAGGCUCUCGCUACUGUUACUGGUAUAGUGGAUGGAACUGGCAGUAUAGGAGCUGCGGGGGGACAGUACCUGGUGUCCCUGAUUGAGAGCAAGCUGGGGUGGAUGUGUGUGUUCUACUUCUUCAUCGUCAUGACAGGGGGCAGCAUUGUGUUCAUCACUCCCUUGCUCCUCAAAGAACUGCGUGCCAUGUGGAGAGACAGACGAGCGCUGCGACACCAGCUUUGAAAGCCUCAACAUCUGCCCACCGCAGCGUUUCUACUGUUAUCAGUGGCGACACAGCAGAUCUGCUCAGAAACAGCUCUUUGUAGGUGAGUUGUGGGGUGUGCAAAGAUUUGGUGAAGGCCAUUUCUCACGAUCAAGAGGGUUAAGGUGACCUAGAGUUUCACACCCACAACCGCAAGCGUAUGUCUAUUAACAACCAUGUGAGCAGGCAGAGAGUCCUUGAGCACAACACUGAGGUUUUAUCCACUCACUGAAAACCUAAAAUGUUAUUGUACACUCCCUAUAGUGCAAAUGCAAGGAUUUAGAGGUUGAAGUGUCUGAGUGAACAAAGCUUUGAAAGGUAACCGGAUGUCAGUCAGAGCAGUCUGUGAAUUCAGGCUUUGCAGGGCCCUCACAGAAUGUACUAGUGUAUAUAUUUAAGGGUUUAAACAGAUGUAAAUAUUUUACAUGUAGAUGUACUUGAGUCAAGUAUGCAUUUGAAUGAUGAUCAUGAAUUUGAAUUUUAAACCUGGAGUUCUUAAUUUAAAGAUGAGGCCCUUUCAGACAAUCUGAGGGUCAGAAUUGCCUAACGAAUGUGAAUAAUAAUUGUUAUGUAGAACCAUAUUGUCAGCUUUUGUAGAUAUGUAUGAUAUUUGUUUUUAGUUGAAAUAAUAAACAUUGCACUCUAGGAUUCUUACAAUGAUUAGAUAAAGUCUUAAAGAUUUUAGUAAACCACUUAGAUUUUCGCUGGGUUUUGGGGAAGUUCCACCACGCAGCCACUUGAUUUCUACUGUGUACAGUUUUGUGUAAUCGGGGUCAGGAAUUAUACUGUAAAGGCUUUUCAUUACGUGGGCUAGUUCUCUUGAUUCUCUGUUCAUUUCAGUUACUAAUUUGAUAUUUGCUCAUCAUUCCCUUUUCACUUCCUGUUCAAAGGAAUGUAUACCGUUUCUUAGGUUACAAGAGAUCCCCAUGAAAACCCUUUUCUCACCCUUUUAGUUUACAGUGUAGCGUACAAGAGGGAACGGUUUAGCCUGUUUGUAGCCGGAGCUACAAGUUUGUUUGGGGGUAAAAUACUGGUCUUUUUUAUGUCUUAUUUAAUGAUAUACAGGGUGGGUAAAUGAUCAUACAACACCAGCUGUUUGCUAGUUUACACCUGAACACUGUGUGUCUGUAUUAUUAGACACACUGGUUGGUAACCAGAUAGCAAUUCAAUGAAGAUUGUUUUGGUUAAAAUCAGACUAAAGUAGGUGAUUUACCAAACACUAUGGUCAGUAGAUACUAGAGACAGUUUGCACCCUUGUAUGCAGAUACAUGAAUCAUCAUGUAAAGUGCUUUUAACAUGUAGGAAGACUGAUAUCAGGGCAUAUUUUUACCAUCAUCGCUGGUAUGAGAUUGGUUCCUAAUGCUCAACUUAACAACUAAACGUUUCUAAUGCAAUGGAGCUUAAAAUGAUACUUGAACUUCUGGUAUCUCUGAACUCAAAUUUAAUAGAAUGUAAAUUUAACUGCAUCUGUGGUGUAUUUUUUAUUUGUUUUAUUUGUAUGUUUCAGGUUUUAACCAAUGUAAAUAUAAUUGUUGUUUUAAAUA